UGGGGCUCUGCAUAAAUUUCGACACAUGUAAAAGGCUCUGGAGCCCAAAAAGUUUGAGAACCGCUGUUAUACAUCGUUCAAAAACGGCCACCUUAAAAUCAUUCAAAAACCAAAGAUUGUGCGCCAAAAACAUCUUACCUAUCUAAAAUUCAGAACCAAGGACGAACUGUCACCUAAUAAAAGCCCAGUGAAUGGCAACAGAAAGGGUCUUUGGCUUUGCUGCCUGAGCACGUUGAAUUCACAUUUUGAAAGUUUCCUCUGCAGCCCCCUGCUCCGGGCUAGACAAGUCGCGGUUGGCAGAAGGAAAGCACCUGACGUGGUCCCAUCGGCAGCAGGACCCGUACGCCACAGGCCAGGAACGCAGGGCACGUUUUAAAUCCCAGGCCCGUGGCGCUGCCUGGCUUCCCUGCAUCCCUGCGCAGCGCCGCAGGGGCGGGGAGAGGUGCCCGCUGCUGCCCGGGCCGCCUGAGUCACUGGAGCCCCGCCCAGCAAAGCAGCGCGAGGAGAGGAUCCGGCUCCUUCCCCCGGCAGGGCGAUUCCGGCCCGGAGUUUCCAUCCCGCACGGCCAGAUCCGGCCCCUAUCGCGCAGCACGCAGGGGCCAGGCGCAUGCGCCCUGGAUGGAGUUCUCGCGACGGCGGCCCGAAGAGCCGUCACAGGGGCGCGGGGUGAGCCAGCAUUUCUAGUACUUUUCAUCUCUUUUAAACUUUAAACAUGGACACCGAACCCGAGGUAAAGAAAGAGAAGAAGCAGCAUCAGCAUCCUUUCUACUGCAAUAUUUGCAAAAUCUCGUGUGCUUCUGCAUUAAACUUGCAGACUCAUUUCCUUGGAUACAAACACAAGACGGUUGAAGAAGCUCUAAAGUCCCAUGGCAUUGUUAAAACUGUGAGUGGGGUAGAGGAUCAAGCAAAAGCACCUAAAAAACUUCCUGAUUAUGUUCAGACUGAAGCAGAGAAAUGUCAUGGACAAACCUUGGAAGAGCAGCUUAAUACAUGUAAAGAAACAGAACCUGCACUUGGACUUGAUUAUAUAAUUGAAUACCGGUCAAAAGAUAAUCUCAUUCUUCUCUAUGAGUGUCAGCUAUGUCACUGUCAAACAGGAAUGUGUAACAUGUUCAUGCAUGUUUAUGGCUCUAAACAUAGACUGGCAUAUCUGAAACAACAUUAUCCUGAGAUAGUAGAAUCUGAUGAAAUUAGAGGUCGAGGUUCAGAACUGAACAGGAGGCUUAAAGAAGUUGCAGCAGUUAUUGAAAAGAAAGAGGGAAGAAAACAAAUAAAGAUUGCAACAGAUCCUCCUGUUUUGAAGAGAAAAUGGCAAGAAUAUACCUACAAUUCAAAAGGUAAAGUUCAGGUUUUGGAUCCUUCAACUAGCAAAGAAGAAAAGGCAGAAGGUGAUGCUGAUAAGCCUAAACAGAUCCAAGAAUCUGCUCAAAGUCUACCUUCUGAAGCUAGAAAGGAUACUCAAGAUGAACAGGAAAAAAAACAAAAAGAAGAACUAAAACCAGCUGAAAAGCUAGAUACUGAUGAAAGCAGCAAAGGCAAUAAAGCUAAUGAAAACAGCAAAGCCGACAAGACUGAAAGGUGUGAUGACAGCAAAGAAUCAAAAGGUGAAGACCCGACAGACCAGGUUGAAGAGAAAACUGAUGAUGAAGAUUCUGAAGAAUUCACUAGCAAUGAAGAGCUGCUAGGAUAUUUAAAAAGCUUUGAGAUAUUGAGUGAAGAUGAUGCAUCAUUUAUCCUAAAGGUUACACAGAGUCUUACGAAUGCAUUGGUGAAAUAUCGACAACAGGUUACACCAACAAAAGACUCUCUAAAUUCUGAAUCAAAACAAGAAAAAACAAAUGAACGUUCUACAAAACGAUCUGAUGUGACUUCGAUGGAUAUUACUGACUCUAACACUGGAUUUUCAUCUAAUUAUGUGUCAAGCAGGAAGCAUCCUGCACAACAGCCAUAUGACAAAAGAGCAGCAAAAUCUAAUGUUACUGGAACAUUCAUGAAAAGGGAUUCACAGUCAGUGAACAUUUCAAAAAACCAUGCUACAAGGAAACAUGGGUCUUCUGCUACUGAAGAGCCAUAUCCCUCCUAUUCUCAAAACACAACGUCUAAUGAAAGAUUUUCAUCUGCUGCUGAAAGAUACGCACGCCAAAACUCUCUAACUGGCUCUUUGAGAACAUCAUGUGAAAAUGAUGUCACUACUGAAUUUUUCAAUAGUGUAAGAAAUAUGGAUGUUACUGAGGUUAGAGCAACUCUACAAAAAAUAGCAGCCACAAAUACGGCCUUCAGAGGCAUGGACAUUCCAAAUGUGAUAAGGAUCUUAACUGAAAGUGGGACUAUUAGAGCACGAAACAACUACAAUGUGCAGUGAUACGGGGAAGUAAUAUUGUAAUGUGUAAACUGAAGAUUUGUCACUUACAUGCAAUUAAUUUCAGUGUGUUUAAACUCUCUACAAUAUUACUUGUAACUCCAGAGUAAUAGUUUGCUUUUGCAGUUUUGUAUGUGAUAUUUAUUUCUUCCAAUAGCUGGAAUGUCUGUAUUUUUGAAAAGAGACUGUAAUGUUGAUGCCAUGUUUUUUUUUGUUUUUUUUUUAAAGAUUAUCACUUUUGAAAACUAUCCCUAAAAAUGGUUUGCUAGAUCUUGGUCAGAGAGCUUUUGGGUUUUACAUACAGGAGAGCUAAUAUUUUUUCUUAAUUCUUCAUACACAUAUCUAGAGAAAUUGCAUUGGUGGAGUAGAAUAUACAGCCUUGACCCUUCUAGGUCAAUUAUAAUUCUAAUUUGAUUCAAGAGCAUCUGUAUCAGUGUUUCUCAAAGUGGGCCAUGGGUCUGCUUUAGGAAAGCUGCUAACAGGCUGCUCCGCUUUGUUUAUCUAAAGGCUCUGCAGCCACAGAACCUCAUGGCUUCCAUUGGCUCCAGUUCACCAUUUUUAUCCAAGAGGAGCUGUGGGAAGCACCUUUCAUUAACAAUUAAGUAAAAAACCCAAAACUAGUUUAAAUACCUAAAAUGUUAGUGUUUUUGUUGACGUUAAGGCUCCAUAUUAUUAAACCCCACACAUCAUGUAGGCUUCUGAAAAGUUUUCACCACAGUAUCUUUUUAGUAGUUGUAAGACAUUUUUAUUUAUAAUAAAAAUUUUAAGUAGCUGA